UACGUAUAUUUUUUAAAUUUCGAAAAUUGACAUCUAUUUUGAUUCAAUAAUGAAAAGAACAAUAUUAAUUGCUAUUCUAAGCGUACUAUUGACGUACAUUGAAGUUGAAUCUACACCACUGAAGCGUUCGAUCGAGAUGAACGAUAAAAAUGAUAAAGAUUACAAAAUGUCUCAGUCGAAUAGUAUUGAAAAUAAUUUUCUUCGGCAAUUAUCAUCAAUUUAUAAAAUAGUACAGCCAAGAAAUCAGGCAGACUUCUUAACAAAUACAACGACAAAUUUUCAGCCAUUAUUUACUGAUGAAAAUUCAUCACCUGCAUCAAAUAAUUUUCUUACGGCUUUUUUAAUUCCAUUGUUAUCAAGAUUUCAAUUUUCGCCUCAAGAAUUUUUCCAAGAUAGCUUUGGAUUUUUAAAAGACACUUUUACAAAAUUAAGCUCUAUAUUUCCAGCUGAUAGUACAAAAGCGAGACAAUUUUCUAACAUGAAUGGGCUAGCCAACUUUAUUGGGCUCGAUGACAAUGGAUUUUAUACAGACAGACUUGAACCCGCUGGUCUUCUUGGUGGCAAUGGUUGGUUUGCUAAUAAGGGUGGGUUAUUAGGGGGUCCAGGUGCUAUUUUGUCUACGGGGCCCAUUCUGACGGACUAUCCAACGCCAUAUAAAAAAAAAUAACAAAUAUUGAUCAUUACUUUUAAUCAUCUUGUUUCAAAUGUUUAAAAGGUAAUUUUUUUUUUGUUCAAGUUAAAAAUUUGAUUUUAAAUUUAAGGAAAAUUCAUUGA